UGAGCUACAGGACUAAACUUUCAAGAAAUGGUCAAUCAGCCCAUCAAACCUAUUCCCUCCACAGCUUGUGUAGAGAAAUCGUCUCGAAGCAAAAUCAGUGGAACAGAAUGAAAUCCCAAUUUGUGCUUUCAAGGAUCCUGAUUUACUUUGCUCUCAUGUUUGCGAUCUGUAGCUAUAAAAUCACAAGCUUGAAUGCUGAGUCAGCUCCGAGGAAAACCUUUGAAGAGAUCAAAGAGGAAAUUGCUGGCUAUUCAGAAAUCGCCCAGCAGAUUAUUAACUACACUGUCUAUGGAAUCCAGCAGAAUCGAUCGUAUGAUAGACUUGCACUUUUUGUCGAUACUAUUGGAAAUAGAUUCAGUGGAUCAAAGAACCUUGAGAAGGCCAUACAAUAUAUGUUGAAGGCUUUGUCCGAAGAUAAGCAGGAAAAUGUCCACCUGGAACCGGCCAAAAUACCACACUGGGUGAGGGGAGAAGAGUCAGCAAUGAUGCUGGAACCAAAGAAUUACAAGAUUGCCAUUCUCGGUUUGGGAAGCAGCAUUGGGACAUCUCCAGAAGGCAUUACAGCAGAAGUUCUGGUGGUGAAUUCAUUUGAAGAGUUGCGGUCACGAGCUAAUGAAGCUGAGGGGAAGAUUGUGGUCUACAACCAACCGUUUAUCAGUUAUGGAGAAACUGUGAGCUACAGAUUUGAUGGGGCUUCAGAAGCUGCUAAAGUGGGAGCUAAAGCUUCACUUAUCAGAUCGAUAACUCCCUUCUCUCUUUACAGCCCUCACACAGGGUGGCAAGGUUACCAGGAUAAUGUGACACAAAUCCCAACGGCAUGUAUAACAAUAGAAGAUGCAGAGAUGCUGAGACGCAUGUCUGACCGAGGUUCCAAGGUGGUCAUCAAUCUCAAAAUGGGGGCCAAGACAUAUCCAGAUGUUGAUUCAUUUAACACUGUGGCGGAAAUAAUCGGAAGCAAGCACCCCGAACAGGUUGUGUUGGUUAGUGGUCACUUAGACAGCUGGGAUGUUGGGAGUGGAGCGAUGGAUGAUGGCGGUGGAGCGUUUGUAUCAUGGGAGGUACUAUCCAUUAUCAGAGACCUUCGUCUUCGUCCCAAACGCACUAUACGUUUGGUCCUCUGGACUGCCGAGGAACCAGGUGGUGUUGGAGCAAGCCAGUAUUAUGAGUCUCAUAAGGCAGACCUGCCAAACUUUAAUCUGGUGAUGGAAUCGGAUAGUGGAACGUUUACCCCAUUUGGCCUGAGGUUUACCGGCACCAACCAAUCCCGGGCCAUCAUGAAGGAGAUUAUGAAGCUGCUACAGCCGAUUAACGCCACAGCUUUGUACGAAAAUGGGGGAGGUACCGACAUCGAUUACUGGAUAAAUGCUGGUGUGCCAGGGGCUGCUCUGCUUGUUGACACAAGCAAGUACUUUUGGUUUCACCACACGGAUGCAGAUACAAUGACAGUUCAGGAUCCUGUUCAGAUGAAGCUGUGUGCAGCAGUUUGGACUGUUGUCUCUUAUGUUGUCGCUGACAUGGAUGAAAUCUUGCCACGCUAGGCCUGAGCCAACAGGAUCUCUCUUUCUCACUGUCGAUAAUAUAAAGAUUCCCACAUGUGGCUAGCAGAUGAACCCAUUUUCUUUGCCAAAAAAGAUUUUUGUUUGAAAAAGCAGAUUUUGUUCACUAUCCAUUGUCUUCAUUCAAAACAUCUGGCAAAGUUCAAAUGGUCUGUAACCUGUUUAUAAUUCUCUAAUGUAAUUUUCAUAAAACUGUCAUUUUAAAACCUGUUUGUGGAGUGAUUCUCUUUAGUUCGUAGUUCGUAGAGUCCUGUGGAUGUGCAAUAAAAUUAAAUGGAAUAAAGCUUAUUGCCUUGAUCGUAA